GAUAGAGAGAGGAAAUGAUUGGCAUCGACCACAGCCUAGGGAACACCUGUGAUAUAUGGAGAAACAGUGGUAGAACUGCUGGAAAAGGUGCAGUUACCAAAAGAGAGAGCUCUAAAACACUGCAAAGCCCGCCAGUCGUAUGACAGCAGUAUCAGUAUGGGCAGCAGCCGUGCAGAGACAGCAGCCAGGAGUGCAGCAGCAGGAGUUUUCCUCCAGCGAAUGCCCCGAGAUAUCCCAAAUUGAUCAUGAACCUCCGGAGUCCCGGGCAAAGGAUGGAGAGCUGGCUCCCUUGCUAAAAGCUGGGAGCAACGAAGCAGGAUGGUGGCAGCUCCAGACAGCCGAGUAACAGUUCCCCAGCCAAGGGAAGCAGUAAAGCUUGUGGUGAAAGAAGUUAUCUCUGGAUGUGGGGCACCAGCAGGGCUGCCAUCAGAUUUUCAGAGGUUUGGAUUUCGUAGCUGAAAUUGUUCAACACCUAGGAAAACCCUUGGAAUAGCAGCAGAUUGACACAGUCUGUAUGGGCCGCAGUGCAGUGGAGAGAUGGAAAAAAUGAAUCAAACUGGACCAAACCCAGAUCGAUGGAGUCUGUUGGUAACAGGCUGGAAAUGGCUGCGGCCCUACCUCUCACCUUACUGCAUGUGCUGGUGAAACCGUGUGCUGAAGAGAAAGUGAGAGCUUGUGAUAUGAUGUGUGGGAGAGCACUGCAGGGGUUGGAGAGUAGUGCUGACGUAAAGCGCUCGGGUGAGCUAAAGCUGAGAGCAGAUGGCAUCUCUUCAGGGAAAGUCCUUUCCUCUGCCCUUCGGUUCGUGGCUCAGGCGGCACCAGCGGCUCUGGGAGUCACAGCACAUCCGCUCCACGGCGGUGAGUGAGUGUAUCUACGGACGUGGAGCUCUGAGCUGCUGCGGGAGAAGUGAAAGGCGCGCACAAAUCCUGCUGACCGCGCACACUGCUGCAGGCUGGCAGGAGUAGGCUCCUGAAUCCGGAACGCAAGAACAAAAAGCGCCCAGCACGCAGCGGCCAGCAGAGCUGACUGCAGCGAUGGAAUGAAACAUUCACAUAAGUGAAUGUGACUUGUAAACCAGGAAAGGGAAAAUCACAUGGUGAACCUGAAUGUAGUUAUUGAGGUUUAGAUACCCUUAGUAUAUAGUUUGCCUUAUACUAACUGCAUCCAUUGUUUGCCGUUAUGAAUUGUUAGGAGGGGGGGGAGGGGGGGGGCAACCUUGCAGUACUUAAGGGGUGUUUAUUCUCUUUGUCUAAAAUGAUAAUGAUGAUUUUAACAACGGGUAUGGUUAUCAAUUGAACACCUGGCAUCAAAAUAAGCACAUGAAAUUGGUGAAUAAAGUGUUGGAUGUGCUCAGAAUUGCCCAAAUAUGAGGCAAGUCCUUACCUGCUAUGGGGAUUACCACUGCCAGAACAGAGCUGGGAUGCAGUAUUUGUUAACAAAUCCGCAGAGUACUUUGCAGACAAACAUGCAGAAUCACAAAGAUGGAUUGUAGGGACCCAUCCCAGGAUUGAUCCCGUUUGUCUGUCAGACACAGGGACAAGGCAAUUAGGGAAAGCUCCAAUAAGAAAAUCCCCGCACUGUAAACGGACAGUGCAAAUGGGAACUGAGUAUUUUGGAAGAAAGCAGGGGUAAAUAGUGGGUGUCAGCUAAGGGGAAAGGACGGUCCUGGCUAUGCGGAUAUGGAGCUUAGAAGGUAUUAUCCCCAAGGUGGACCGGAACCUGUACCCUGGGAAUAGUAAUGCCAAAGGUGAUCAGUUAACGUGGAUCAUACAGGCCCGGGUACCCUCAAAAGUCAAGAGAGAAGUGCUCCAUCCACCAAUAAAAAGACCUAGUAGGUUUCACUCAUGCAUCAGUGGUUAAUUCCCUCUUUGGAGCUGUAGAAUUGGAAAUGGCUAUAGGAGACAUGCAGUUAUGAAACACCUGGAAAAUGAAACGGGGUGCUAGGAUUGGCCUAUAAGAAGAAGUCCAAAGCUUAGUCCCGGUUGUAUUGCAAAAUAGAACGGCUUCAGAUCUGUUGUUAGCCGCAAGAGGAGGAGAUUGUGCAGUAGUAAAUGCUGGUUGUUGAGUGUAUAGAAACGGACAGAUGUCAGAUAUGGCACCAACCUGAAAGGCUGCAUAAAGUCAGCCAGGGUGAUGUAAGCCGAAAGCAAAAUGACUUCCUGGCUUCCCAACUUGGAUUGGUGAAAGAAUUUAUUUGUGGGGAUGGAGUAUGUAAUUGCUGCAUGUGUCCCUGUUUGUUGAGUGAUUCGGUGUUGGAAAUGUGUGUCCGAAUAUGAGAUGCCAAGGGUGAUGAGGAUAGGAUAGAAACAUGGAAUCCUCACACAGAACAGGAGGGAUUGAUGCAGGUUGUUUUGCUUAGCCACAGGGAUUAGUACAGUAGUUUAACAACCACUAUGCUAGUUCAGCAAAAGGAAUCCAUAAGAGAGAGUUCUGAAACUUUCCCUUUCAGCUUUAGUCUUGCUUUUGUUCAGUCCUGUUUUUCCUCCAUAGUUUUGCACUGGGGACAUAAUAGAGUACUUCAAACUUCUGCCUCAAUGAUUCUACCUCAACGAGAAGAAGUGGAGUCACAACACAAUACUUUUUCUUUGGCCUCAAAUCAUGCAAGGACAUUUUCCUCGAGUUCCACACGUACUGCUUUUAGAAGUGUCUCACUAUGGCCUCAUAAGCCAUGGAAAUCUUCUGCAGUGAGGUAGAGUGAGUGGCAGUGGGUUAAUCCACUCCGACUCCCAGAGACAGUCGGUGGUUUAUAUUGCAGGGAUUCCUUGUCAAUCAACCUUAGCUAUAAUUGUGGCAAAGUUACAAAGCCGAAAGCAAACCAGCACUGCUAUUUCUCUUGUCCCAGCAGGCUGCAGUUACACUUCUGCCUUUCACCUGUGAUCAUCGCAGCCUGCAGGAGAGCAGGAAAUGGCCACAGCGCAUCCCUCUCAGGAGCCCGUGAGCUUUGCGGAGGUGGCCGUGUAUUUCAGCAGGGAGGAGUGGGCGCUGCUGGACCCUGCGCAGCGAGCGCUGUACCGGGACGUGAUGCUGGAGACGUACCAGUGCGUGGCCUCGCUGGCUCCACUUCCCGUGCCCAAACCCGCGGUGAUCACCCUGCUUGAAGGAGGGGCAGACCCCUGGAUCCCAGAUGUGUGCAGCCCAGAGGAGAUGGCCGGAGAGCUCAGCCCAGCAGGAGGUGGGAUGACAGCAUUAAAGGAGGACGUGCAGAAAAGCGGUGUGUCCGAAAGGCAGAGCGUCUGUGUCUCAGUGGGAGAAAGCAGAAGGGAUGCGCAAGGGGGCCUGGAGCAAGGAGAGCACUUCAAGAAGGCACUGGGAAACCAUCCGGGAAAGAAAGCGAGGAACCCCUUGGACUUCAGCACAGCCCAAAUGCAGCGUGGAGAUGAGAGUAGCAAGGAAGUGCGCCUCCUCUUGCAAGGAGCAAGGAAGACAAGGCAGAAUUCGUGUGAUGAGUGUGGCAAAACCUGUGAAAGGUGUUCUGUUGACUUUAGUCACCAGUGCCUACACUCAAAGGACACACCGUACAAGUGCACUGAUUGUGCAAAGCACUUCGUAUUGAGAUCCACCCUCACGUAUCACCAGCGCCUCCACGCAGGAGAGAGACGAUUUAAGUGUCCUGAGUGUGGGAAGGGCUUCACAAGGAGUUAUGACCUCAUCUGCCACCAGCGCAUCCACACAGGUGAGACGCCAUACAGCUGUCCACAGUGCCCACUGAGUUUUAAAAGCAGUUCCCAUCUUGCUUACCACCAGCGCAUCCACACAGGAGAAAGACCCUAUCAGUGCACUGUGUGUGGGAAGAGCUACAAAAGGAGUUCCCACCUCACCUACCACCAUCGCAUCCACACAGGAGAGACACCGUACAGCUGUCCUCAGUGCCCACAGAGCUUCACAAGCAGUUCUGCCCUCACCUACCACCAGCGUAUCCACGCGGGAGAGAAACCAUUUAAGUGCCCAGAGUGUGGGAAGAGCUUCAGAAGCCAUUCCCAGCUCAACUGCCACCAGCGCAGCCACACAGGAGAGAGACCCUACAAGUGCCCUGAGUGUGGGAAGGCCUUCAAAAGCAGUUCUGACGUCACUGUCCACCAGCAUGUCCACACAGUAGAGAGACCCUUUAAGUGCACCGUAUGUGAGAAGAGCUUCAAAAGAAGUUCUGCCCUCAUUUACCACCAGCGCAUCCAUACAGGAGAGAGACCCUACAAGUGCCCUGACUGUGGGAAGGGCUUUAGAAGAAGUUCUCACCUCAGCUCCCACCAGCUUGUCCACACAGGAGAGACACCCUACAAGUGCCCUGAGUGUGGGAAGGGUUUUACAAGAAGCUCUAACCUCAACGUCCACAAGCGCCUCCAUAGAGGAGACCAACCAUAGCAGCGCCCUGAGUUUGUGAGAACCUCCAGAAGCAGUUCCUGCCUCCUGACCUACCACACAUCCCCCCAGGAGACAGAGCCUGCAGUGCCCCAGUGGGCAAAGAGCUUCAGCAGGGCCCCAGCCUGGUCACCACCUGUGGCUUUGCACAGUGAUGAGCCUUACAUGGCCCUGGAGCCGAGGAAGUGCUUUGGAGGUAAACUAAAUCCUGUUCCCCCUUCCUCCCUGGCCUGGGGAUAACAUCCAUUGCUCUCUUUCAGCUGGAGAUGAUGUGUUGAGUGGGCAUGCAAAGGAGAGUCCAGAGAGGGACGUGGCACAGCCACUGGAAACCAAAUAAGCGGUGGCUUAUUUGUGCCAUGCCUGUGUGUAUGGAGGUUCCUGGGGAAGUCAUCUGGCUUUCAGAGAAACCUGUUUGCGGGGGAGGCCCCAAAGGAGAUGUCACGUGGACUGAGAAGUCACCAGGGAGGAAGAAAACGUGUCUGCAGGGAGUGUGGGAAGAGCUUCAGCUGGUGCUCAGCUCUUAGUAGGCCCCAGAGAGCAGACACAGGGGAGAGCUCCUGUGAGGGCCUUGACUGCAGGAAGAGCCAUGUCCAGAGCUGGGAGCUCAUCGCACGCCAGUGGGUCCACGUGCAGAACCCUACAAAGGUGCAGCCUGCAAGAAGAGCUUCAGCCAUGGCCUAGACCUUGUGAGGUACCAGGAUGUCUGCACUGGGGAGAAGCCCUGCAUGUGCCUGCACCAAUGCGUCCACGGGACAAGAAACCUCAGAAGUGCCUUGAGUGUGAGAAGGGCUCUGUGGGAACGCAGGGCUCCUCACUCGCAGGAGAUGGCACUCGUGGAAGAUGUGCUACAGAUGUCCCAAGUGCAGGAAGAGCUUCAAGCACAGCUCCAACCUGAUGGAGUGCCUGAGGAUCCACUCAGGGCAGAGACCUUGGAAAUGCCUGCACUGUGGGCAGAGCUUCAUCCAGAGCCCAGACUUCAUUGCUAUCCAAGGAAAAUCUCUCACAGUUUCUCUUCUGCUCGUCCUGCAAGCAGCUUUUUGAAGCCGU